GCGGCGCCGCCUCCUGCUCCUCCCGCCGCCGCCCUGAGUCACUGCCUGCGCAGCUCCGGCCGCCUGGCUCCCCGUGCUAACCACCGAUACUUGCAGUUCUUGCAACAUGGCAGACAUUGACAACAAAGAACAGUCUGAACUUGAUCAAGAUUUGGAUGAUGUUGAAGAAGUAGAAGAAGAAGAAACUGGUGAAGAAACAAAAAUCAAAGCGCGUCAGCUGACUGUUCAGAUGAUGCAAAAUCCUCAGAUUCUUGCAGCCCUUCAAGAAAGACUUGAUGGUCUGGUAGAAACACCAACAGGAUACAUUGAAAGCUUGCCUAGGGUAGUUAAGAGACGAGUGAAUGCUCUCAAAAACCUUCAAGUUAAAUGUGCACAGAUAGAAGCCAAAUUCUAUGAGGAAGUUCAUGAUCUUGAAAGAAAGUAUGCUGUUCUCUAUCAGCCUCUAUUUGAUAAGCGAUUUGAGAUCAUUAAUGCAAUUUAUGAACCUACAGAAGAGGAAUGUGAAUGGAAACCAGAUGAGGAGGAUGAAAUUUCGGAGGAGCUGAAAGAAAAAGCCAAGAUCGAAGAUGAGAAAAAAGAUGAAGAAAAAGAAGACCCCAAGGGAAUUCCUGAAUUCUGGUUGACUGUUUUUAAGAAUGUUGACUUGCUCAGUGAUAUGGUUCAGGAACAUGAUGAACCUAUUCUGAAGCACUUAAAAGAUAUUAAAGUGAAGUUCUCAGAUGCUGGCCAGCCCAUGAGUUUUGUCUUAGAAUUUCACUUUGAACCCAAUGAAUAUUUCACAAAUGAAGUGUUGACAAAGACAUACAGGAUGAGGUCAGAACCAGAUGACUCUGAUCCCUUUUCUUUUGAUGGACCAGAAAUUAUGGGUUGUACAGGGUGCCAGAUAGAUUGGAAAAAAGGAAAGAAUGUCACUUUGAAAACCAUUAAGAAGAAGCAGAAACACAAGGGACGUGGGACAGUUCGUACUGUGACCAAAACAGUUUCCAACGACUCUUUCUUUAAUUUUUUUGCCCCUCCUGAAGUUCCCGAGAGUGGAGACCUGGAUGAUGAUGCUGAAGCUAUCCUUGCCGCAGACUUUGAAAUUGGUCACUUUUUACGUGAGCGUAUAAUCCCAAGAUCAGUGUUAUACUUUACUGGAGAAGCUAUUGAAGACGAUGAUGAUGAUUAUGAUGAAGAAGGUGAAGAAGCGGAUGAGGAAGGGGAAGAAGAAGGAGAUGAGGAAAAUGAUCCAGACUAUGACUCAAAGAAGGAUCAAAACCCAGCAGAGUGCAAGCAGCAGUGAAGCAGGAUGUAUGUGGCCUUGAGGAUAACCUGCACUGGUCUACCUUCCGCUUCCCUGGAAAGGAUGAAUUUACAUCAUUUGACAAGCCUAUUUCAAGUUUUUUUGUUGUUAUUUGUUUGUUUGCUUGUUUUUGGUUUUGCAGCCUAAAAUAAAAAUGUCAUAUAAUUUUAGUUCUCACAAGAUAAUGUCUUAAUUUUGUACUAAUUCAGGUAGAAACAGAGGCCUAGCUUGAAUUAAUAAGCAUUGUACCCAGCUUACCAUAUUAUGGAAGAAGAGAGUGUCAACUUUGGGAGAGAUACUACAUCUGCUAAUAUGAGAGGAUAGAAAAGAAAGAGAAAAUCUUAAAUGAUGUAAUGUUUUUUUUAAAAAAAAGAUUAAAAGAUUAAAAUUUUAUUUCAUUUGGUUAGAACUAGAGAGAAGGCCCCACGCCUCUAUAGUUAAUUCCAAUUCUUACUGCUUAAAGUAUGAGUAUGUCAUUUACCCAUGCUUCUGUUUACUGUGUAUUAAAAUGGGUAGUACUGUUUACCUAACUACCUCACAGAUAUGUUAAGGCAUAUUAAGUUUUAUGAAAUGUUUCUCAAUCUCAUUAAAAGCUCAAAAAUAUGAA